AAGAAAGGAAAGCGCCUCCUGUUUUAGAAGUCGCGUCAUCAUCGGAGCGUCCAAAUCCAAUCACAACCGUCCAUUAGAAACUUCAGAAUCUCCACCGGGAGCCGCAAUCCGGUGGGAAACCCUAGCUUCCUAGUUGAAUCAAAAUUCAAAAACACGCCCACCUCUUUAGCUUUGACAGUCGCGAGUCCUCAGAUAUUAGGGUUAGGGCUUCAGAUUUGGGAAGAAGAACAUAGGCAAGAGGGAGAGGCAAAAGGCCAAGCUUGAUCGGGACAAAGUGAGCGAAGAAGAAUGAGAAUUAACUAAUCAAAACCCUUCGAAAUCUGCUGCCGAACAGAGCAGCAGCGACGACGAUGAGGCCAACGAAGAUAUCAUCCUCGAAAUCGUCGAGAAAACUUUGUUAAUGCGGGCGGCGAAGUUGGCACCUGAUAACAAUGCCGCCGUGUCGGGCGAGCCGAGUGGUAGUUUGGUUAAACUCCCAUCUUCGUCUUCUUCGUAGGAAGCUGAAGUUGCGGCUGCAGAUUUGGAGACUAAGAAGGUAAGGAGGAAGGAGAAGAAGAAGAAUGUUAAGAAGAUGAAGAUUGAAGAUCAAGCUGUUGUUGCAAAAGAGGAAGAGAAGAUAGAGGAAGCUAAUGCUGUAGAUUUGGCUGAGGCAAAGCAACCGAAAAAUGUUGAGUUUACCGACAAUGUUGUGCUGCGGAAACUUUUUCGGGGACCAAGGUAUUUUGAUCCUCCAGAUAGUAGCUGGGGAGCAUGCUUUAACUGUGGAGAAGAAGGUCAUGCGGCAGUGAAUUGUACCGUAGCUAAGCGAAAGAAGCCGUGCUUUGUUUGUGGCAGUUUGGAGCACAAUGCAAAACACUGCAGAAAAGGACAAGAUUGCUUUAUCUGCAAAAAAAGGGGACAUCACGCUAAAGACUGUCCAGAAAAGAAGAAUGGUGGCUUAUUGAAAUCCCAAAUAUGUCUAAAAUGUGGAGAUUCUGGACAUGAUAUGUUCUCAUGCAGGAAUGAUUAUUCAACUAAUGAUCUUAAGGAAAUCCAAUGCUACGUCUGCAAGAGAUUUGGUUAUUUAUGUUGUGUCAAGUAUGUUGACACUAGUCCAUGGGAAGUUUCCUAUUACAAAUGUGGUUCAAUGGGACAUACUAGUAUGGCAUGUGUAAGCUUACGUGAUGAGGAAACCACUGGUUUUGGAACACCUCGGUUAUGCUACAAGUGUGGUGAAGGUGGUCAUAUUGCUCGUGAAUGCGCAAGUUUGGUCAAUGUUCACAAAAAAUUUGGGGAAUUACCUAAUUUUUCUACUCCAGUUUUGAAACGUAUAAGGAAAUGAGAGACUACACGGGAUUCAAGUCUACUCCUCAUGACCUAAAUAAGGCCCAUGAAAGGAAAUAGACCCAAUUUGAAGA